AGCUGUUGCUGUUGUAAUAUUCAAUUUGUUUUAUUUGAAGCUAAAGCAAGUACAAGUAGCAGCAACUAAACAAAACACACACAUGUGCUGCACUAAACAACGCACAAAUAAAUAUUCAAGUUAGCCAUGUUGAGACGCGUGCUUGGCUACAGCGUCUUGGGUGCGGGUCUGGUCAGCACUGGGCUAAGUUUGCGCACCAAUGACUACGAUAUAAACUCGCUGGGCAUAGUGCGGCUCUCGCGCUCCGCUUGCGCUGUGGUGGAUGUGGCGUUAACCUACAAGCGUGAGCUGUACUACAAGGAAUGGGACAAGAGCACGCCGGAGUACAAGGCGGAGAAGAGUCGCGUGCACAAAAUUGCUGCUGAAAAGCUGCUGCAGUUGAUAUGCACAAACAAAGGUGUUUACAUCAAAGUGGGCCAGCACAUAGGCGCUUUGGAGUAUUUGCUGCCCAAGGAGUUUGUGCAGACAAUGAAGGUGCUGCAUUCGGAUGCGCCACAAAACCCCAUCGAAGAUUUGUAUAAAGUAAUAAGGCAGGAUUUGAAACGCAAUCCAGAGGAUUUAUUUGAUAGCUUUGAGCGUGAGCCGCUGGGCACUGCCUCGCUGGCGCAAGUGCACAAAGCGCGACUGAAAACGGGUGAAGUGGUGGCAGUUAAGGUGCAGCAUCCGUAUGUGAAGGGCAACAGUCUGGUGGAUAUGAAGACCAUGGAGCUGGCUGUUAAGCUGCUGGCUAAAAUAUUUCCAGACUUUAAAAUACAAUGGCUGGUGGAGGAGUCCAAGAAGAAUCUACCCAUUGAGCUGGACUUUUUAAAUGAGGGACGCAAUGCGGAAAAGGUAGCGCAACAGUUUGCCAAAUAUAGCUGGCUGCGUGUACCCAAAAUCUACUGGGAGCUGAGCACUAAGCGCGUGCUAGUCAUGGAAUACCUGGAGGGCGGACAUGUAACCGAUUUGAACUACAUUAGGCAGCAUAAAAUUGAUGCAUUCGCUGUGGCCAAUCGCAUAGGACAACUCUACUCUGAAAUGAUAUUCUCCACGGGCUUUGUGCAUAGCGAUCCACAUCCAGGCAACAUAUUGGUGCGACAAACGGCGCAAAAUGAGCUGGAGCUUAUUCUGCUGGAUCAUGGGCUAUAUGCAGAUCUGAGCGAUAAGUUUAGAUACGAGUACUCCAAGCUAUGGUUGAGCAUAUUGCGCGUGGAUCGCAAGGCAAUGCGUCAGCAUAGCGAGCAGCUGGGCAUUAAGGGUGAUCUAUAUGGCUUGUUUGUGUGCAUGGUAACUGGCAGACCCUGGGAGACGCUUAUGCAGGGCAUCACCAAAGUCAAGUACUCCAAGGAGGAGAAAAACACGCUGCAAUCCAAUACAUCGCUGGUGCUGCCGCAUAUAUCGGAUGUGCUGGAGCAAGUGGAUCGCCAAAUGCUGCUUAUACUCAAGACCAACGAUUUGAUACGCGGCAUUGAGGCGACGCUGCGCACACAAAACCGCAUGACAGCGUUUUGGUCCAUGUCCAAGUGCUGUGUACGCAGCUGCUAUGCGGAGCAGCAGGCACAGCUGCCAAAACAAAGUUGGCGCCUGUUGCUGCGCGAGCGUUGGGAGCUGCUGAAACUAAAUCUGUACUACCUCUAUUUAGGCUUAAUCAAUUUUAAUCUAAUGGCUGCUUGCAAGCAGCUGCUCUAGUGACAACGAUUAAACAAAUGUACAAAUCGAAAUGGGA